AUGGAUAACACCAAUUAUUCAGUGGUGUCUGAGUUUGUUUUACUUGGACUCUCUAGUUCCCGGGAACUUCAGAUUUUCUAUUUUGUUUUCUUCUCUGCAUUGUAUAUUGUCAUCAUAUUAGGAAACCUUCUCAUCAUCAUAGCUGUGACUUCUGACAGCAGCCUGCACUCACCAAUGUAUUUCCUCCUGGGAAACCUUUCCUUUUUUGACAUUUGUCAGGCCUCUUUUGCUACACCUAAAAUGAUUGUAGACUUUCUGAGUGAACACAAGACUAUAUCAUUCAGUGGAUGCAUAGCCCAAAUUUUUUUCAUUCACCUCUUUACAGGAGGGGAGAUGGUAAUCCUAGUCUCCAUGGCCUAUGAUAGAUAUGUGGCCAUAUGCAAACCUUUACAUUAUAUGAUCAUCAUGAACCAAACCACAUGUAUUGCCUUGGUAGUAAUCUCCUGGGCUGUGGGCUUGGUACAUACAUUGAGCCAGUUAUCAUUUACUGUAAAACUGGCAUUUUGUGGACCCAAUGAAGUGGACAGCUUUUUUUGUGACCUUCCUCGAGUGGUCAAACUCGCCUGCAUGGACUCAUACAUCACUGAAAUACUUAUUGUGGUAAACAGCGGAAUUCUUUCCUUAAGCACAUUCUCUCUCUUGGUGAGCUCCUAUGUCAUAAUUCUUGUCACAGUUUCAUUCAAGUCCUCUGCUGCCAUGGCCAAGGCAUUUUCUACACUGGCUGCUCACAUCAUGGUAGUAAUAUUAUUCUUUGGACCUUGCAUCUUCAUUUAUGUAUGGCCAUUUACUACCUAUCCCGUGGAUAAAAUUCUUGCUAUAUUUUAUACAGUUUUCACUCCCAUCCUUAACCCCAUUAUAUACACACUAAGAAAUAGAGACAUGAAAGCUGCCAUGGGAAAAAUUGCUGCCCAUUACCUCAGACCACACAAAGUAGCUGAAAUGCCAUCUGUAGCAAGGAUUUCCCUUUAUUGA